AGGAGCAGCUGCUAGUGUUUGUUGCGGCCUCUCUCGGAGGUUCAGGUACAUCGUCGAAUUGGCUCGCAGGAAAGCCUGGGUUGAUUUGGGGCAUCUACCUCUUUUUAUGGAGUUGGGAGAAGCAUUUGACAAUGUUGCAGUUGAAGUCUGUUUUUGACGUUCAGAGUGAAGUUGUACCUUGGCUGUUGAAGAACGAGCUGGUUCCUCUUAAUGAGAAUGGUGAAUCUACGAGCCCUUCAAGAACUGAUUUGCAGAUUGUGAAUGUUGAAAAGAAUGGCAGUGUCCUGUUCACUUGGAAGGGUCAGAAGGGAACCACAUGUAUUGGCUUGCAUGACCUUCACCAAAAACAGAACAAGCUGCUGUAUACUUUUCAUAAAGAAGUGUUUCUGAUCAGUUGCUCUGUCAACAUGGAAAAAACUUUGCUGGCUGUAAGUUUCCUGCAGUUUGCUGGAAGAAGCCUGCCAUUAGAGAAAUUCAGAGCAGUCUCCAGAUGUUUGACUUUGUUGAUUGAAAUUCAUCCAGUCAAUAACACAAAAGUCUUAAAAGCUGUCGAUACGGAUGUCAAAGUUCAGUUUCUCUAUCAAGAUUCAGAUUCAAAGCUGUUGUCUGAAAGCCACCUGCUCAUAGUUUCAGAAGAUAGAUAUAUUGAAUAUAUUCGUAUAAGAAUGGUCGUUGAAGAAGGUUACAAAGUGACAAUUCAGAAUCCAGACCAUCUUCCUAAAGAGAUUGUGGCUGAAGACUUUUUGUGGGCACAGUGGGAUGCAGAAACACAGAGACUGUUCUGUAUUCUUGAAAAGGAAAACAAUGCAGUUCUGACGGGUUACCAGUUCUAUCCAGAUGGGAGCAAUGGAAUAUUGAUUUCUUUCUCUCUUGGAUUCCCUUUAACGGUUACGAGGUUAUGUCUUGUAAAUUUUGGGUACAAUCAUUUUCAAGAAGAAAAGGAAUCUUCUGAAUCUUUUAAUCUGCAGAUAUUCUCAAGUCAUACAGGUGCCUUGUCUGUGUGCUACAGUCAUCCUGCGCAAAAUGAUCAAGAACUUAUUUAUUCGGUGCUUCUUCUACAUUAUGGAAAGAAGAAAACAUUUAGAGUUUCCUUGGAGAAGUCCAAAUGUGCCUGUAUAAGUGAAUUGGCCUUUCUCAACAUGGGUUAUUAUGUAGCUGUUUAUCUGCCUGGAUGUUUUUUACAUCUCAUUAACGUACAACACCCUCAUCUUAUUUGCCAUAGUCUGUUUCUGUCAGGGGAGGAUGCCAAAGUGAAGCCCUGGAAUCUCCACCAGUAUACAUUAUUGUCUGACUGGCUGCUGGAUUGCCGUUUGGGGAUAAUCUAUAAAGUUGAGCUUAACCCGUUGUUACUGAUGUCGUUCAUGCGUGGCAGCAAGCUGGGCUGCCAUCAGCGUGCCGCGAUGCACUGUGCCGUCAUGUAUCUCCAGAAUAAUUCAGAAGCUGAAUCACAGAUUAUUCACUGGUUGUGUGAUUUGUCUGCCUCUGCCUGUUCCGAUCUCAUUCAGGAAUUCAUCAUUGGUACUUUAUACAGGAAAACAAUCUCAGAAACAAAUGCCAUUGUAAAACUCCUGCCUUACUCAUCUUUAUUAAACUGGAAUGGGGAAAUACCUGGAGUAACAUGCACAACAGAAAAUAUUUUGCAAUCUGUUGGAGGAAAGGUUUGCCAUUGUAAAAGCUUCUGGGAAGAGGUGACUAGGAAUGUGGAAUUUCUGAAGAAUUUAGAAAGUUUUCACAAUGCACUAUACACAAAUAGAUCUUUGAGGAGAACACAAUCAGAACUAUUUUCAGAAAUGCGAAAAGAUGCAAGAGCAAUCAAACAUUUCAGAAAUCUAUUGGAAAAUGCCAAAAUGAUUCUUUCAAAAGUGGAUACGUGGCCCCAAGGGCUGCAAGUGGUUCCUUUCUUCCAGGAAGAAGACUGCCAGCAGAUGGUGCUAAUAGGCCUGGUGGGUGAAAAGCUGAAAGAAUAUCUACUAAAAUAUGUUCAUUCUCUCGGAAAGAAAAAGAUUGAUGUGAUAGUUAAUAACUACAUUGUGAAUUUGCUUGAAUGCAUACAGACGAUUGUGAAUACAAUAUGGAAAACCUGUGGCCUCAGUAUCCACACUCUAUGUUUGUCCAACAGAGAGAAGAUAAAUUCUGGAGAAUUUGUUGUGUUCCAUAUGAUGAUUUAUAUUUUGCAAGCUGUUGAAGGACUUUCUCUGCCUCUUCCACCAGGUUAUUACACAAUUCACAUAAUCCUUGGUGCACGUUGCCUUCCUUUGCAUUCCCUCCUACAUUAUAUUGAUAUUGGAGUGUUGCAUCCAACCGAGCAGUUUGUUACCAUGUUACUUGAAGAACUUGAUGAUUCUGAAGUAAAUGAAAGAUUCAAAUUUAGUAUUGUAGCAAGAAUUCCAGAGAUCAUUGAGCAGAAGGUCUGUUGUCUAUGGGACCAUCCGGUCAGUUUGUCGCAUGUUGCUAGGAAGUAUGUAGAAACACUUCUGAAGAAACUUUCCACUCAACAGACAUCAAGAAAUCCUUUUAGGGAACAGACAGCAUAUGAGUCUGAAUUUUUGCCACUGGCUUACCUGGCAAAAGCAUUAACAGAACUGGAAGAUCAAGCGUUGAACUCAUUUGCAGAGCCAGAGAAUGUGGACACCAGGUUUGUGGAAGAAGUAGCAUUGAAACAAACAUUAAUUCUCCUUGGCCUUGAAAAUAAAUAGAAUGUUGACAGCUGGCUGACGUUAUUUUUGGUUUGCUGCUGGCGGCAAAUUUAAGUUUGGCGUUUUUCAUAAAUACAAGAAGGACUCAAAUAGACGUUGAGUAUUUUACUUAAAAGUAACCUUCAACCCAACGUCUUUUUUUCGGAGUUCAAAAUGUUUUUGUUGCAUGCAGAAAUGUAAUUUCGUUUUCUCUGCAGGGGUUCAUCAAUUUCAUAAAUGCAACACAUUAUAGUUUGUUUAUACAUAGCAUAAAGGCAAAACAAAACGUUGUAUGCAGUGUUAUUUCAUUUUAAAUGUCAAAUGGGUUUUGCGGCUCCCAGUGUUUUCUUUUCUGUGGGAAACGGGUCCAAGUGGCUCUUUCAGUGGUAAAGGUUGCUGACCCCUGUCCUAGACCAAGACCAAGACAAAAUGAUAAAUGCUGCACUUGUUAUAGCAAUGAUUAACAUGGGUGAGCUAGGAGCCACAGGAAUGUCAUUGAUGAAUCCUUGAAGGAAUUAAUCUGAAACUGCUUUUCUCAAUGGUUAGGAUUAAAACAUAACACCCCGUGAAGUGACUGAGGUAGAGCUUUGAUGCUUAAAACAUUAGUACAUGAGAAAGAACAUAAUAUAAGUAAAUUAUAACAUCCUUAGAAAGAAUGAAGCAAGUACCUUUACAAUGGCCAGUUUCUGUUCAGUAAAUUCUGUAAUUUUGGAAGUUCACCUAUCAGGGAUUCCCAACUUGGGGUCCACAGACCCCUUGCUUAAUGGUAUUGGUCCAUGGCAUAAGAAAAGAUUGGGAAGCCCUGGUAAAUCUUAAUAUUUUCUAGCUAUCUUUUUAAAAAUUCUUACAUUAAGGAAAUGGACAGCUGCUGCUUAAGCAAUUACCUUAAUUAGGGUAGGUAAUUUAUCAGCUUGGCAUGACUAACAAUAAUUUCUUCACAUAAUCAGUUUCACACCAGAAUAUUUCCCUGACUAAAAUAAUGCAGAUACUCAUAAUCAGAAAUAACAAUAGAAAAUUAUGCAAAUAAUCAGCAGCCCAAGCAGCAGUAAUGGCCAGUGAAAACAGUGUAAUGUUUCAUAUCAAUGAUAAUUAUUCCAGUGAAAAUCUUACGACAUUUAUUUUGGAUUUAUCCUUGAAUAAAAAUACCAUCUUCACAUCUACCCUAGCAAAUGUCCUCUUAUCCAUAGAAGAGGCCCAGUUGGCUGAUAAGUACUUCCAGCAUUUUUACUAAGUAUUAAUGUAACAAUAUUUGUUAAAACCAUGCCAGCAGUGUCACAAUUGUACACAGGAAAAUGUUUUAGAAAGUAUACGAAACUUUUAGCAUUGCUUACAAUAAUUGCCAGUUUGUAGUUUAUAACCAGGUUUAAAGUCAUUAUAAUUAUAAUUUGACAAUAACUAAACUGAAUUCUGUUUGCAAUGUAGCAUAGAUCAUUUAUCCAUUCAGACAAUUUAUUCUCAGGUUAUAUAUCUUGUUGUGAUUCCCAAAAUAAUGAUUUUUCCUGUCUAAUGUCUUAGAAUAUGGAGUGGGAAGCUUAGUUCUUCAAUGAAUAUUUACAGUAAAUUGAAUUGACUUUAUUACUUAUAUCUUUCACGUACAUGAGUAAAAAUCUGUACGUUACAUCACCAUCUAAACAUAUAAUUUGUAAUAAAUAGUGAGUACAACAGGACAGAAAUACAAUUGUUUCAGCAUGAAUUAAUCAGUGAUGGCCUGGUGGAAGAAGCUGUCCCAGAGCCUGGCUUUCCUGCUGUGGUACCGUUUGCCAGAUCGUGGCAGCUGGAACAGUUUGCGGUUGGCGUGUCAACCACAUGGUUUGCAACAGCUCUCUGAAACAGCCAAACAUACUGAAGCAACAAGACAAGAAAAAAAAAGCAGAUAAAUGAUGUCCACACCUGGGUUGGAUACAACAAAGGAACAUAGAAUCCAGUUGAUCUGUAAAGUUGAAGCAACAUCUUAUUAUGCCUCAAAGCAUGAUGCAAAAGGAAACCUCGAUGAUUAUAACCACUGAUUGUACUGAAGGAUGUCACUGCCAAACAGGGUCUGCAGCAAAUGGUGACUGAACCACCACAGGACCAAUUCCAAUUUGAACUCAUUUUCAUCAACCUACCUGCUGUAGAGAUAUUGGUAUUAGCACGAGUGACCAUCAUAAACUCCCACCUUCCUGCUGAAGAUGGCAUAUAUUUUGUUGUGUGUUUCCGUCAUUGUACUCAUGGAAUAGAUUCAGGACCUACCUACCGACUUUGAACCAGGCAUCCAUGUGGCUCCAUGAUCAGAAUUAUAAACCGUCACAACAUGCAAUCUUGUGAACAAAACGUAUCUUACACUCAGUCACUAAUGAAUAUAAAUCAGGAAGCUAGGAUUACCACUACAUGUUCUUGAAUAGCAAGUAUAAACCUGAAACCAGACUCCAGGCUAAUAUUCAUACUGAGUUGGGGGAACAUGGACAAACGAUGCGGCAGAUUGUAACACUGAAACAGAGAGCUGUUGGUCUCCCCUCCUGUGGCAGGAGCGAUAUCUCUCUCUCCCUCAUUAGUGAGAGAGAGAGCCUGUCUGGGAUGUUGAAGUGAAGUGUUGGGAUGGACAGUAGUUUUUGAUAGA